AUGUUCAAGGCGCCGAACCCGUACGAGGACCUGGUGGCGAAGGCCACCGACGAAGGGCUCACCGGGGAGAACUGGCAGCUGAAUCUUGACCUGUGUGAUAAGCUAUCCGAUGACGACGAAAACAAUGCGCGCUCGAUGAUCGCCGCUGUCCGAGGGCGUCUUACCCACAAGAAUACCAAUGUGCAGCUCUAUGCACUGACCCUCGCCGAUACCUUGUCGAAGAACUGUGGGAAUGCGGUGCACCACGAGAUUGCGUCGCGCGCGUUUAUGCAGACGAUGUCGAAGCUCGCGACCGACCGGACGACGCACGCACUGACCAAGAAGCGCGUCCUCGCCCUCCUCCGCGAGUGGGCCGACGAGUACAAGGCAGAUGACACGCUCAGCCUCGUCGCAGAGACGGUGCGUGAUCUCAAGGCAGAGUACUUCGACGUGGACGACGACGACGUGACGACCAGCAACGCCGACGCGGCCGAACGGCUGCGGAGGGAAGACGAGGAGCUCCAGCGGGUCCUUGCGCUCUCGGUGCAGGACCAAGGCGGACGCGGCGCCUUUAUGAACAACGCGGGGGGAAGCAGCACACGCGCUUCCGACGUGCAGGCCGCGCCCCCGAUCCAAGAGACGCCGGCGGCGCCGGCGCCUGCCCACCCGCGGCAGCGCUCUGCGGCGGCGCCUGCGACGGCGCCUGCGGCCGCGGCGCCGCAGGCACGCCCGUCGUUUGUGCGUGCGCUGUACGACUUUGAGCCGGACGAGCCGGGGGAGCUUGCGUUCUCGGCAGGCGACGUAAUCCGUGUGCUGGACAGUGUGUACGAGCAGUGGUGGCGUGGUGAGCUGCGCCAGGACGUCGGCAUCUUUCCUGUAAACUAUGUCGAGCCGAUGCCCGAGAUGGCGCAGGCGGCGAUCGAGCAGGACCUCGAGAUGGAGCAGAGUGUCUUUGCGCACGCCGCCGAUAUCCACCUGCUGCACGCGCGUCUGCAGCAGCUCGAUCCGGUGCGCGACAACUUUGUGGACGACGACGAGCUGCAGGACCUGUACCAGCGCUCGCUUUCGCUGCGGCCCAAGAUUAUCCGGCUGAUGGACCGCUACAGCGUCAAGGUACAGGAGCUGCGUGCGAUGAACGACAAGUUUAUGCGGGCGCGCAGCACGUUUGAGGACCUCAUUUCGCAGCGCAUGGAGCAGUACGCGCACGACCGCCACGAGCACGGCGUCGGCGAAGGCGAAGGCAAGUUCGCACAGGCCGAGCCGCCGCUGGCCGACCACGCCGCGCCUGCGCUCCAGGCAACGUACGCGGCACACGGCGCGACGCACGCCCCUCUUGGCGCCUACGACGCGGCACCGGCACGCAGCGAUGCGUAUGCCGAGACUCAAGGUUCCAGUGCCUAUGCCCAGGGCUCGUCUCAGCAGGGCACUGCGCAAGCCCCUCCCUACGGCUCCUAUGCUGGGUACGCGUCCAAUCCCCCCGGCCACCUGUCUGCCGAGGAGGAAAAGCGGCCCGGUGCAGCGUAA